AUGCGGCCGCCGCUGGGCCUGCUGCUCGCCCUGCUGCUGGGGCUGGCCCGGGGGCCGCGGGCGGGAGGCGCGGCGGGCGCUCGGGGCGCCUCCCCGGCGCGCGUCCCGCAGCCGCGGCCGGGCGACGAGGCGGGCGGCGGCGGCGGCGGCGGGGAGCCCUGGUGCCCCUACAAGGUGCUGAGCGAGGGCCGGCCCGGGGGCGGCCGCCUGUGCUUCCGCCGCCCGGCGCGGGGCUUCGAGUGCGCGCCGCGGCGCUGCAAGGCGCACCGCUCGGCGGGCCGCGCGCUGGUGGCCAACGUGCUGCUCAACGGCAGCGUGUUGCUGCAGUGGGGCUGGCCGCCGCCCGGCGCCCCCACCGCGGCCCCGGCCCCGGCCCCGCGCGGCUUCGCGCUCUCCUGCUCGUGGGAAGGCGCCUACACGCGUUUCCAGUGCGACCGCGUGCAGCUGGGCGCCGCCUGCCGGGACUACCUGCUGCCCGACGCGCACGGCAGCGUCCGCUACCGCCUCUGCCUGCGCGCCCUGCCGCCCGCCGCCCCCAACGCCAGCCGCGGCCCCGCCGCGCCCACCGCGCCCUGGCCGCCCGACUGCGUGGAGUUCACCGUCGAGCCGGCCGGCAUGCGGGACAUCGUCAUCGCCAUGACGGCCGUCGGGGGCUCCAUCUGCGUCAUGCUCGUCCUCAUCUGCCUGCUGGUGGCCUACCUGACCGAGAACCUCGCGCCCCCCGCCGGCCCCGCCAGGCCCUCCGCCCCGGCCAAGGCGGCCGGCUGA